CUGCUUUUUAUCAACGCCGUUGUUGCUAUGGUUUCAAGUUGAUUUCAAAAAUGACAACACAAAACAAAUCAAAAGUAAACAAGAAACUUUCGAGCUAUUAAAAAAAUAUAUUGAGCAUUAAUUACACCAAAUAAAUCACAAUGUUUCGACGUGGAAAACUGCAUUUUCUUAGCACGAAAGAUGAUCGCAUCAAAAUAAUGAAUGAGCGCAUCAAUUUGACGGAGAAACAUUUAUUGGAAAUAUGUGCUUCCUUUGCAGCUUGCACCAGAAAAAUAGCAAAGUGCCGCAAUGCCUUCGACGAUUUGGGGCACAAAGUGCAGAAUUUUGCAGAAGAGGAGAAGAUCAAUUAUAGCAUGAGUGAUGGCCUGAACUCCAUUACCACUUCUUUAACUGUACAAGCGGAUUAUAUGGAUUUGCUGGUGCAUCGUUUGGAAAUGAAGAUAGUCAAUGAGUUGAGUCAAUUCGAAAAUCUUUGUAAAACCACACGCGAUAAUUUGCGCGCAGCAACAAUUGCACGUGACAAGGAGGUUUUGAAGCAACAGCAAUUAAUUGAAAUCAAAUCGAAAUUUACAGCAAAUAAUACGGCUGCUGAUUCAGAAUUGCUGAAAGCCAAAUUGGAAGUGAACCGCUCCAACAAAGAAAUAGAUGAGAUCAUCAAUACCUUUGAAAAGCGAAAACUGUCAGAGAUACGGUCUUUACUAACCGAUUUUAUACUGAUCAGUCUCAAAUACCAUACAAAGACUUUGGAAGUUCUUUCGGCCAGUUAUUAUGAUGUCUCGAAUAUUGAUGAAAAGGGUGAUUUUAACGAAUUUCAAAAAUUAAUGAAAACUAAAGGCGAACCUACUGGACGAAAGCAGGCGCUAAAGAAGGGUAUGCGGUCCCAAUCGAUGGAUAGCUUAGAUCACGAUACACUUUUGAGUCCCUUGAAACAUACUAAAAAAAUUUCGCGUAGCAAUAAAAGUUUAACGAGCAAAACUGAUGAUGAGCGCGACAACACGAGAGAUGACGAUGAGGAAGACGAUGAAGAUGAUGAUGAUGAGGAGGAUUUAGAGGCAUCGGGUGAUAAUACAAAUGACGAGGAGGAGCACUCGGGCACUGCUUCCGAUGAUGAUGAGCCCACAGAGAGUAUUUCGGCUGCGAAACCAACAACGCUUGCAAAUAAAAUGGAUGAGAAAAAAACCAAGGAACAAACAAAACAGCCAUUUCGCGCUAUCUCCUCAGCGCACGUCGGCAAGUCACAAAGUCUACACAAGCCUUUCGCUGCUAAAAGUGGCGUUGGCAUACCAACAUUGCAAAAACGUGCAUCAGCACCACAUUUUGGCGUUAAGGAACAUCAGCUAAAAGGUAACCCUAGUAACGUGACAAUGACACUGGAAGGUCCAAGUAGUCGCUUAGUGACAAUUGUUGAAUCGAAGAAAUGAAUAUACAAAAACCUAUUAAUAUUUAAUGUAACGCAACCAAUUCAUAUUGAUUAUACAAACAAGACAUGUUUAUACCAACAUAUUUUAUGUAUGCUUAUCCUUAAUAAACACUUCCGCAUAAUAACGUUUUUAAAAUGUUACCUUUGACUAAA